AAAAAAAAAAAAAAAAAAACAUGAGCACCCCUCUCCCCCUCCCAGAGGGAAUAACCACCCGCCUAAUCCCCACAAAAACCCUAACCUUCCACAUCCUCGAAUCCAACCCGGAUCCCAGCACUCCUCGCCCCCUCCUCCUCCUCCUACACGGUUUCCCCGAACUCGCUUUCUCCUGGCGCAAAGUCAUCCCUCCACUAGCCGCAGCAGGUUACCACGUCGUAGCCCCGGACCAGCGCGGCUUCGGCCGCACAACAGGCUGGGACACACGACCCUUCUCCGAGGUCGACCUGCACACGUUCACACUCACAAGUUUCGUCCGGGACAUGGUGACCCUUGUACACGCACUGGGGUAUCGAUCUGUGCAAUGCGUGGUCGGACAUGACCUCGGGGCCGUCACGGCGGCGAUGUGUGCGCUGGUACGGCCGGAUUUCUUUAAGAGUGUUGUGUUACUGAGUCAUCCGUUUAAUGGGAGUCCUGUUUUGCCGUUUGGGACUGCUGGUGGCUCCUCCUCUUCUUCUGGAGAGCGAGAGGAGAAAGGUGGUGGAGGGACGGAGUCUGCAGCGGGGGACCAUGUGCAUGGAGAGCUUGCGGCGCGGGGUAGGAAGCAUUAUAAGUGGUAUUAUUCCACUGAGCCUGCGAAUGGGGAUAUGGUGGAGCCUGUAGCUGGGCUUGGGGAGUUCCUGCGUGGGUACUUUUAUCUGAAGAGUGGGAGUUGGGGUGGGAAUAGGCCGUUUGCGUUGGAGGGGUGGGCGGCUGAGGAGUUGGUGAAGUUGCCUUAUUAUUAUGUUAUGCCGUUGGAGGCAGAUAUGCGGGAGGCUGUACAGAGGCAUAUGGAGUCGGAGUCGGAGGUGGCGGUUGCGGCUUCGAAGGCGUGGUUGUCUGAUGAGGAGUUGGCAGUUUAUGUGGGUGAGUAUGCAAGGACGGGGUUUCAGGGUGGGUUGAAUUGGUAUCGCGUGCGGACAGCUGCUGGGGGGAGAUAUACCGGGGAUUUCGAUGUGUAUGCUGGCCGGAAGAUUGAGGUGCCGGCGGCUUUUGUGUCGGGGAAGUUGGACUGGGGGAUUUAUCAGGAGCCUGGGGCAUUGGAGAAGAUGGUGGAUGAGAGGGUUUGUUCAGAUUUUAGGGUGUUGAGGUUGGUGGAUGGGGUUGGGCAUUGGGCGCCUCAGGAAUGUCCGGAGAUUGUGGUGGAGGUUAUUCUGGAGUUGUUACAGGGGCUGUAGGUGAUUCUCUAUCCUAUGUAAGUGACGGAGUGGUGGCUCGCCUAGUUGAUGAUAGAAGCUAGAAGCUAGAUAGUAGUAAUGUGAAGUUUUACA